AUGAGUGAAUUGAAACCUUUGGAACUUGAGUAUUUGGAUAAGAAUGUAAAAAAAAAGAAAAACGAAAAAGUUGAAAAAAAAAAUAAUUUGAAUAAACUUUUUAUUAGUAAAAAGCACAGUUUAAAAAAAGAAGGUUCUGAUAAUACAGAUGUACAUGAACAUUCUAUAUUAGAAAAUGAUAAAAAUAAGAAUGUUAUAAUGAAUAGUAAUAAAGAGAAUGAUAAUAAAGAUGCGAAAAGCAUUUUUCAUUCAUUUAGUAUAAAUAAAAUUUUUGGAGAGAAAAAAAAGGACGACGCUGAUAAUACGAAAAAUUUAAAGAAAGGUAAAAAGAUUAAGACUAAAAAUGAUAUAAGUAGUAUUAAUCGUAACACAUCCGAUAAGAAGGAUAAGGAUGAUAUGAUCAUAGAUAGCAAUAGAGAUGUGAACAACAACAUCAAUAUAAAUAAUGACAAUAAUAAUAAUAAUAAUGAUGAUGACAAUAAUAAUAUAAAUAAUGACAAUAAUAAAAAUGGUGACAAUAAUAAUAAAAAUGAUGACAAUAAUAAUAAAAAUGAUGACAAUAAUAAAAAUGAUGACAAUAAUAAUAAUGAUAACAAUAAUAAUAAUGAUAACAUUAAUAAUAAUGAUAACAAUAAUAAUAAUGAUGACCAUUGUUAUAAUCUUCAUAGUGGUAACCAUUUUGAUAAUAACAAUUUUAAUGAUGAUAAUAAUUUGAUAUCUCUGGAUAUAGAGAAUGAAACAAAAUUUUUAGAAGACUGGGAAGUUACACAGAAGAAGAUAUACGAUCCAACUAUAGGAUUAAGAAAGCAUUAUACUAAUGAGCUUUUAUCAUGUGGAGAAAAGAAUAAUAUAAGAAUACUAGAAAAAUGGUCCUCUAUGGUUAAUAGAGAUAUUGUAUGGUUUCAUAAAGCACAUAGAACAACUUAUUUAAGAAGAGUAAAAAGAGGAAUACCACAAAAAUAUAGAUGGAAAAUAUGGUUCCAUAUAACAAAUGCAAAGAAUUUAUAUAAUAAAUUUCAAAAGAAAUAUUAUUAUUUAUCUAAAAAGAAAUCACAUUAUACCAAUUUAAUAUUAAUAGAUAUAUCAAGAACAUUUCCAGAAUUAUUAAUAUUUGACAAAUAUGCACAACAACAAUUAUAUAGAAUUUUAAAUGCAUAUUCAAAUUAUGAACCUUCUGUUGGUUAUUGUCAAGGUAUGAACUUUUUAGUUGGAUUAUUAUUAAUUAUAAGUAAUUUUAAUGAAUUAGAAACAUUUUGUGUAUUAGUUAGUUUAAUGAAUAAUUAUUAUUUGAAAGAUUUUUAUAAAGAAAAGUUUCCUCUAUUAAAUCGUUUUAUAUAUUUAUUUGAAAGAAUAAUGCAAAAUGAAAUACCAGAUUUAGUAGAUCAUUUUAAUAAUGAAGAAGUAUAUCCACCUGUCUAUUUACAUCAAUGGCUUCUCACAUUAUUUAUAGCUAGCUUGCCCAUAAAAAGUGUUAUAGUAAUAUGGGAUUAUUUAUUCAGCACAAGUAUCAAAAAAAUUAUUAUUAUAUCAGUAGCACUCUUGAAAAUAUUAAAAAGUUAUUUAAUGAAACAUAAAUUUGAGAAAAUUCUUAAAUUAUUAAAAUCAUUAAAAUAUAAUGAAAGUAAUGAUGAUAUAUUAAUAGCUAAGUUACUUAUUAAAAAAUCCGAGUCAAUUAUAUUAAGUAAUGAGCUAUUAUAUUUAUUUGAAAAUAUUGAAAAUCAGGAUGUACCAUUUCAUAGUCACUACAAAUUUGUAAUAGAUAAUAUAACAACAUGUCAUUUUAAUCAUAUACAAGAAAAUAUAAACCAAAUGAACAAUACAAAUAAUAUUAAUAGUUAUGACCCAACAAGAGGAACUCUCAACAAUAAUGAUAAUAGUAAUAAUAAUAAUAAUAAUAAUAAUAAUAAUAAUAAUAAUAAUAGUAAUAAUAAUAAUAAUAAUAAUAAUAAUAAUAAUAAUAAUAAUAAUAAUAAUAAUAAUGAUAGUAAUAAUAAUAGCAACAACAACAACAACAACAAUAAUAAUAAUAAUAAUAAUAAUAAUAAUAAUACGUAUAAACGCUAUAGUCAUUUGAUCCAUGAUGAUAACAAUUUUGUUAUACUCGAUGGAGUUCCUUUGCUCAAUUUUUUUUCUAAUAAUAUUUUAAAAAAAAAAAAUGAAGAAGAAUUAAAACCUACCUCCAACCUUAAAUUCAGAGAUAAAAAAAAAUCUCUGUCCUUAAAAGAAAGAGAAAAUAUCAAUACAUUCUAUUAUAAAAUUUUAAGUAGUAAUGAAAAAAACGAAAAAAAUCAAAAUAUGGACAAUGAUACAAUUAAUAAUAGUAGUAAUGAGGUAGCAUUUCAUGAUGUAGCUAGCUCAUUAAAAGAAAGUAAUUCUGUUCAUAAUAUAUCUGAUGAGGAAAAGCGAAAUCAUAAAAAUUUUAAAGGAGAUAUUAAUAAAUAUUAUAAAAAUUAUGUACAAUCGGAUAACUGUAAUGAUAAUAUUAAUAUGUCUCCUAUGAAUCAAGAAAAUGAAAAGGAAGAUAUAAAUCGAAUAAAUCGAAUAAAUCAAAUAAAUCAUAUAAAUCCAACAAAUCCAACAAAUCCAGCAAAUCCAACAAAUCAAAUAAAUCAUAUUUAUAAUAUCAACAAUUCUUACAAUUCUGUAUCCAAAUGUUUAAAUGAAAAAAUAAAAAAUGAUCACAUGCAUGAAACUAAUAUGUUUUAUAAUAAUGAUAAAGAGGAACGUCCCUCCUUAUAUGAUAAGAACGAUAGCCAUAUUCAACAUUCUAAAUCAAAUGAAAACAAAAAUGAUAGGAAUAGUAUGAGCAACUUAAAAAGACAUGCAUAUUAUUUUAAUAAAGAAGAGGGACAAGACGAAAUGGUAUUCGAUAACGAAAUGAAUGAGUCCAAAAUUUAUGAUGAGAACCAAAUGAAUUGUAAUAAAAAGGAAAAUAUUAUUGUAAAUAUGAAUAAUAAAGAAUGUGAUAUAUAUGAAAAAAAAGAGAAAAUAAAACAUAUACAUCAUGAAGAUGAAGAUAAUUUAGAAAAUGAAAGAGAAGAAGAAAGUAUUUUAAAUAUAUCGCAAUAUAUUAGUUAUAAUGAAAAAGAAACUUCAUCAAAAAAUAACAACAAUGAUAAUGAAAAAAAUAAUGAUAAUAAUUUUGGUUUCUUUAGUUUAAUUAAUUCAUAUGCUAAAGAUAAUAGUUGGUUUGAUGUCUCGACAAUAAAUAAAUAUUAUCAAUUUAAUAAAAAGGAUGUUGAUCGAGAACUUGACAAUAUGAAUACUAGUGAAAAAAAGGAAGAUAAUGACACAAAUCAGGUAGAAGAAGCUAACACAUUUUAA